AUGGCCGCCGCUCUCCCUCAAGGCGGGAUAAUCCCACCAUCUCCCACCGGCGCCGACUGCUCAUUCCAUCAGGACCACUGGGACUGCGCCGCGCCAUGCACGACUCGCACAAGCACUCAACUCCAGAUCGCGGCCACGAUCACCAACCUGCCCGAGUUCAUGGACUCGAUGAACGCCAAAUUCUCCACCUCUGGCGUGUCUUUCUCUGGGACUACUGUCUUUGUGCACACCUCUCUGUACACCUUCCCCGGCGGUAGUUUCACUGGUUAUGGCAUCUACGACUCCAACGCUCUCCGUAGCGCCGGCUACAGCAUUCUCACAUCCCUUUCGGUCUUCACCACGUGUCCGACGUCGACAGCCACUCUGCCCCCUUCUCCUACCGGCAGCCUGGCACUGCGAACCGACGGCAACCCCCUCUGCUGCAGCAUCGUCGACACAUGUCACCACAACCAGUGCCGAUAAAGUUGGAUGUACGCCACAUGAUGAUCACUGGCACUGCCCUCCCGGAGUGCCUCAGCCAACGACACCUCCCGGAGGUAGUCUCUUGCCC